UUUAAAGUCAUCUCUCAUACUAUCUGCCGUUAUUAUCACUAUCAUCCAUCCCUUUCAACUGCCAAGUUUAGGGUACCUACCUCGGCGCAGAUGCCGAGGUCGUCGGCCUCAGGCACGCGCCACCUCCACAUUCUGAGCCAGCACCUGGACGGGAAGUGACGUGCCUGUGCCUCGGGGUUCGGCGGGCCAAAGCGAAUCAACCACAAGCCCAACGCAGCUGAGCUGAGCUGGCAGCACCUCUCCCACUCAUUCCAUCAUCAUCAACUAUCUCCAUCAACGUUCCUAUCAAUACUGCCGGUAGCGCGUCAUGGCUGGCGACUGAUUCCAAUCCCGCCAACGACCGACUUCACGCGCGCACCGCUCCUUUAAUAUCGCUGUUCCCCCUUGUCCGAUCAUCGCCGACCGACUGGAGAGAGGGAGAAUAUGGACCCGUCUCUGAAGCGCGACGUGCCUGCUUCGGCUGCGAAUUCUACGAAUUUACCAUCUGCUACGACGAAUAAACAACAGAAGAAACCUUCGUUCGGUCGCAUUCUGUCAUUACCGCCCAAAUGGCUGUCUACGUAUGAGGAGUUCAUAACGAAGAAUGCCGGUCAGGUGUCACAGAUUGAGAGCGCUCUACGGAGCUUAACAUAUAUAAUUCCAGGCCGCUUCCGCGAUGCCGAAAUCGCAUCUGAGUCAAUCCACUCGGGUGUCCAACUUCUAUCUCUCUACCAUGACUCCCUCCUCCAAAAGGCCAUCGCGCGUCUGCCGAUGGCGAGCAUGCCAUCGGCACAUGCUCGAUAUACACGAUAUUGGACUCAACGGAGUGGUGCAUACCGAAGAAUAGCUAUGUUUUUACAAAUGAUCAUCUAUACAGAGAUGCUAUGGGAGAUGACAGCAAAGCGACGAGGUGGCGAGAAGUCACGGUGGAAGGUAGUCGUGAUCCUGGAAGCACUUAAGGCCUUCUGCCGUCUUCUACUCCUGCGCAUCACCCGGUCGCGUCCACUGGUCACGCCCGUGCUGCCUGAACGUGAGCCCAUCCCUGAAGAUGCGGCCGCAGAUGAAGAGGAAGAGAUUGCGUACCGAAGUGAAAGUGAACUCAUGGACGAUGUUUCGGUGAACGGCUCUGCGUCAGGAUCUUCGCGGGACAUGAAACCCGCGCACGAGCGUGAAUGGACCAUGCCCCGAACAGGAAUGAGCUUACCAUCAUUACCAGAGGGAGGAGACAUCAGCUCGUAUUUGUUGGGACGCGUGCUUACAGCUGACGACAUCAAACCCGCGACUAAGCUCCUCAAUCAACUUCAGGGAAGUGGUCAGGGUGCUGAGAUACUGCAGAUCUUGUCACCGCUUAUCUACGCUUCAGCCAUGGCCUACAACAUCAGGAGAGGUGGCGACAAGAAGAACUGGACCCCUUGGUUGAUCGGCUUUGCAGUCGAGUAUGCUGCCCGGCAAUUACGAGACCGAGGGUUACGAACUACAUCCCUUGAACGGGAAGAAUGGAGCAAGCGUGGUUGGGCCAUGGGUUGGUGGGCGAUGAGGGGCGCUGCAUACGAGAACAUCACCAAGGGAGUCGUCGGAGGUGUAACGAAGAGAAUGCCCUCCUUCAUCGGCGGUAUCCUCGAGGACUACGAGUACCUCUGGGAGAAUUACUACUUUAGCACGAGUGCAUAAAGUGUACUACUCACUGCACUGAACUUGGUUUGGAAAGCGGACCAUGUCGUCUCAAGUACAUUGAAGAUUAUACUUCGCCGAGACAUGUCGGCUGACGAUCUCGGCUGCUGGGACGUUUUGGAAACUUUUUCUUCAAGUAAACAUUACGGGGCAUAUACGAUCGGCAGAUGGGCAAAGGACGGCUAGCCAUGCGAGCUUUGACUUUGAUGAAUACCCGAUUUGGAAUACCACUCUCGCGCCGGUGUUGCACGAUUGCUCUUCAGCUCUGCCCGUGCGGUCUGGUCUUUCCCCAAAGCCCCAAGCCCAAGCCUAAGAUCGAAAGUUGGAGCCCUCCUCUCCGAUCCCAUUCGGAGCGAUCAGGCAUAGUGUUUCUUUGAUCGUCCCUGAUCGGGUUUUGGACUGCCAACUUUGGGUGGUGCGGGUGUCUUAGAUGGACGAUCGCAAAGGUUCGCACGGACGAGAGCACAAACCUGACGAUCAGUUACACUUUGAUCAUUGUACGAGUUAUUUUCUCUCUCUCUGUCUUCUUUCUAUAGUUUAAUAAGAAAACGAAAUGUAAUCAUCCAAGAAAAGUAACGGCGAACUAGGAUCGGGACUAGAAAAUCGCUGACGUUUUAGUGGAAAGGGGGUGGAGCGGGGUGUAGGUCAAGUGAAGGCAAGCGAAUGGAACUCAACUCAACUCAAGCCAACUCGACUCCAGUGCGCGUGGCAGUGCUCGGCCGAGAAUAUGAACCCCCUGUAAAUGGAACAGUACCUUACAGAGUAGGAUCCGUAAGAAGGAGGGAGCAAAGACCCCGAUUCCGUUCGGCUUUCUGCAGUUUUGCACGACGAAAGACCUGCAAAGAGAAAGACGGAGGUGCCGGGGUGCGGAGGAGGAGGUGGCGCACUCGGAGCCGGUGCGUUUGGAGGCUGGUUUCAUAUUGAUUUGGAGGAGCGUGCAGUGGGCUGUUGUGUUCAACAGUCUUGUCCCUUCUGUUGUUGAGAAUCUUUCAGCUGAAAAAGAGAUAACAACUUCUCGAAAGAGACGGUGAACGAAUUGCCGGAAAUGUUAUCUCGCAAAAAAACGUGGUGCUACUCGGUCCCUUGCAUGUAAUACAUAUUUGCCCUUUUAUAUAUACCAAACGGCAGGGUUUAGACGGUAUAUCGCUCCUUUGGUAUAGAAACGUUCUGUUCCCGAGCAAGGUUUGUCAAGGUACCAUGCUUAAAAAAAAACCCUUCAUCCCCUAUUUCUUACCGUGCCUCUGUCUCUUUUAUCUCCGGGCUAUCUCAGCUGGGUAAUCGUGUGCUGUGCGGUGCGUAGGUACCCGAGCCAAGGAUGGUGAAACCUUUGACGUUGUGAUUUUCUCUGUGAAGAGGGGGCUGAACGUGAAAUGCGGGAGGACUAAAAAGCAACAAUACAAUUAAAAAUAAAUGCAGAUAGACAGACGUACGGAAUACACAGAGUUUAUGACAAGAGAGAGUUUGGUCGACGCGGGACAGUGAUAGUGUUCAUGUUUAAACAUAGAAACACGAACCCAAGAAAUGGGCUAGAAAAGGGUCUUCAGCGACAUGCUUGUUGCAUAUGAUCUGCUUUUAAUGCUGG